AUGGAUGGAGUUACAGGUGGCGCCAUCGCCAUGAUAAUUCUCAUGAUCCUACGCAUCAUUUGGGAUUUUUGCAGCAUGUGCAGCCACCCACGAAGGGCCAACAUCCAAGACCCGAGCAACAUCGAAAUGCAGGACAUGAGCGGCAAGGAAAGGCCCACCUCGGCCCAACAAGAGGCCCCGAUCAACAGUGUCGCCCAGCCAGAGCCUACCAACAACGCCUACCGACCGGAUUCCUUUGACUGGAGCAAACUGAUGCAGAUGCACAACAUUCCUCGCCUCCCCGCAGCCUCUGUUCCAAGUAGCCGGAGCGCAAGCACGGGGAAGGGAAAAGGCAAGGGCAAGGAACCAGUGGUUGCUCCACCGCCACGCGUGUUCGACUGGACGGGAACAAACGCCAUCAGCGACGAGGAGCUUGACAAUGCAGGCGAGGGCUCCAGCCGGGGCUUGCCUCGCCGCUCGAGGUACAGAAACAGCCACUAUUACAACUGGGUGUGA